AUGGCCGCUAUGACGAAAAAGAUUACCAGUAUCUUUUCUUCACCAUCAAGUUCACCACGUUUGAAUGCCACAAAGUCAAAUACAGCAGUCCCACCAUUGACUUCAGAGAAAUCAUCGCAAGUCAGCCGAACAGGAAUGCCUUGCUCAUCCCAGUUGUUUGACAUGUUCAAGUUCAUGGCCGGGGGGAAUACAGAUUCCGGCUUGGCUGGCGACGAGGUUGAUAGUGAUGAAGACGAAUCCAACAGCUCUGAUGCUUCUCGCACGUCGACAGCAGUAGAUCACGAGGAGCAUAUAAAUGGACCGAUAACAGAGGACCGGGAGGGUCUGCAAAGAUGGAUGGACCAGAAUAUCAAGCAGACCGAGAGGGAAAGGGACUCGCUCAGUGCAAAGUUGACGGAGUCUUCACCCGAGCUGGGAAGUUUUGUUGAGCCCGACGGACCUACCGACACUUCCGCGGCAAUGGGGAUACCAGAAAUGACAGAUGAGCAGAAAUUGGCCGCCAUCAAAGACGAGUUUGGCACUAUAGAAGACUUGAUGUUGCAAGAUGAGCCCGAGCGGCUGCUGGCGGACACCAAAGGGCUACUUUUCAACGACGCAGAACAACGGGGAUUGGAUGUUGUUCACGCUGGCGUUGUCACGGUUCACCGUUCACUAGGAGCCAGGAGGGUAUGGAUGGAAUUGACGCCGGAGAUGGUCACGACGUAUGCCAGUGCCAACGAGUCGGAUCGUGUCCGACCGCUACGUAGCGUCUUAUGUCUAGAAACUAGUCUUGAGCAUACUGGGCAAGUGGAAGAUUGCCCGUCAAGUCGGCUGCAAGAGCCAAAGUCACAGGUACAUAAAGUCAAAACACCUACUUCCGAAACGAAACGGACCUUUUCCUUCCCACGUAGUGCCUCGCCAAAACCGGAAAGGCGCUCUUCCUCCCCGAACAAUCAAAAGCUUGAUUGCACAACCUCUUCAUCUUUCGGUUUCGUCGAUAAUCAUGCUCAUCGUGAAAAACACCUCGAUUUCAAUAUCGCUGUUCUCAACGAACAGGUCUGGUUCACCAGAGCUCUUGAAGUGGCGGUGAAAGCAGCUGCCGAUCGAAAGUACAAGCCUGAUAUUGAUAUCCCACCGAUCAUUUUCCAAAUCGCCGGUCAUGAUUGCGUUGCGACGGACGAAGAGAUUGAGAAACGGACGGACCUGUCGAGAACUUCUUCCACCGAGUCUGAGGAUUCCAUCAUUGACGACGACGACGAUCAUGAUACGUUUCUCCACGAAACCCGAAAAGCUGAAAGGGCAUCCAUGGCCGCAAAGGUCUUUGGUCUGCAAGAGCAUGAAGGUGUAUGGACGCCUGAUAUCAAGGUCAUGACUCGUAUCAGCUCGCUGGUCACGGUUGAUUCUGCCAGUGUUUCGAGUGAUCAGAAACCAGUUGCUCCUCAGUUCGACCCGACCUCUACCAUCCCCAGAGCGGAAUCGCCCGGAGUUAUCGUUGAAAGGCACCCAGCCGAUAUCUUGGCACCGACAAAAGAUCACAUGUAUCACACAAAAGUUGUCCCCGACGAAGCGAUAGCAUAUAUGCCAUUCGUGGCAAACAAACCGGUAGCUUAUAACGUCAAAUUGACACCUAGAACUUUCGUUUGUUUGACCAUUGGUUCCAGAGGCGACGUUCAGCCGUACAUCGCGUUGGGUCUGAGACUAAUCCAGGACGGGCAUAAAGUAGUGAUUGUGACGCACCGAGCACAAGUACUGCUUGAUGCGUGGAAUGGAUGUCACGACGCGGACGUUUUGAUCGAAAGUCCAUCCACGAUGGCGGGAAUACACAUCGCCGAGGGAUUGAAGAUCCCUUACUUUCGAGCAUUCACCAUGCCAUGGACAAGAACGUCGGCGUACCCCCAUGCGUUUAUGGUUCCUGCUUUCGAAAUGGGGCCGAGUUUUAACUAUUCCACCUAUGUUUUAUUCGACAACAUCAUCUGGAAAGCGACGGCAGGGCAGAUCAAUCGAUGGAGGAAGAAGCAUCUGGGUUUAAAGUCAACUGAUAUGUCGACUCUUUCCGUCAGUAAAGUACCAUUUUUAUACAAUUUCAGCUCGGCGGUCGUGCCCAAACCGCUCGAUUGGCAUGACGAUAUUACCAUUACCGGAUACUGGAACUUGGAAGAUAGUGAUACGGAUUGGUCUCCCCCUGCUGACCUGGAAGAUUUCAUGGCAAAGGCCAAGGAGGAUGGCAAGGCCUUGGUGUAUAUUCCGAUGUACGAGCGAUCAUCGCAAAAGGGUGGUCGUCCCGAGGAGGAGACCCAGGGAAAGAGGGUGAAGAAAUCAAAUUCCCUCCCAGUUGCUUUGGAGUGGACAAGAUACCUCACGGUUGGCUGUUCCCGAAAAGUCUCGUCAUUGCGUUCCGAAGAAGUAGCCAACGCGCUUAUCAAAGCGACAACGGAUACCGUCAUGAUAGAGAAAGCAGCGAUGAUAGGGCAGAAGAUUAGAUCGGAGAACGGCGUUGAUCAAGCACUUCAAGCGAUUCAACAUAACGUAAUUAGAGCAGGGUUAGACAGGCGACAGCUCAAAUGGGCUUCAUAA